GUCAAGAAGGCGAGUUAAAUUUGUAGAUGUAAACUCUUGUAGUUUGUGGUAUAUUUUGUACAUCACAUUAUAAACAAAAAUAUCAUAUUAUUCAACUUUUCGUUAUAUAUCUAUUGCAUUUUACCCAUAAAUAAUUUACUUUGUGUUUAUAGCUGAUUUAUAAAUCCCACAAUGUCUUCGGAGACGGCUCAAGUCAGUUCGCUGCCUCUUCCUCCAAUGCAGUACAUUAAUUUUUAUACAGAUGAAAAUGUAAGGCGAAAUCGUGCACCCUUACCACCAAGACCUAUUCAUGACACAUACUCAAUGUUUGGAAACGCAUUUAAUGCUGAUGAUACAAUUAUUCGGUCACUGGAAAGCCAGGGAUUUAGAAGGCUUUAUCCUAUGCAUUUUGAAAGAAGAAGAGAACUGAAAAAACUAAAUCACUCAUUGCUUGUAAACUUCCUAGAUUUAUUAGAUUUACUAGUGCAUUGUCCAGACUCUCCUAAGAGAGCUGAAAAAGUUGAAGAUUUAAGUCUUCUAUUUAUCCAUAUUCAUCAUCUCUUAAAUGAAUUUAGACCACAUCAAGCAAGAGAGACCUUAAGAGUUAUGAUGGAGUUGCAAAAGCGUCAAAGAGUAGAGACUGCUAUGAGGUUUCAAAAGCAUCUUGAUAAGGUACAAGAUAUUCUACAAAAUGCUCUGCAAAGUUUACCAGACCAGAAUGAAAUAGAAUCAAACUUUAAAGUACCAACAGAGAUUCUCGAACAAAUGGAGAACAAUCCAAAUGAAAGUGCUAAUCCUGAUCCUUGCUAUGAAUUAGACUAUAUUAUGUGCAAUGUUGUGGAUAAUAUGAGAUAAUAGCAUGUGGAACUAAUUUUGUAUUUUAAAAAUUAUUUAAAGUAUGUUAAUGUUAGUUCAUCAGUUUCAAAAAUAAAUUCAAUUACCCAUUCA